AAUCAAGCGUGUUUCUCUAAUUAUACAGCGGGGAGCCUCCUCGGUUACUUUUAACGCGUCAUAACUGAAGAGCUCCUUCUUUCCUUUUUUCCCCCCCUCUUUUUGGUCUCGAUCUGUAGGCUGUUACACAGCCCACUCAGUUUCUAAUUGGUUUGCUAUCCGUAGCGUAUUCCUCAUUCUUUUCCUCCAUCACUGUGAAUCUAUUGCUUAUGUGCACACCUCGUCACCAUAUAAAAUCUUAAAAUAACCCGAUACAUAAUAACAUUCGCCGAAAUGAGAAGUUGAUGAUAAUCACGUCGUCUGCGUUUAAAUGACGCUUUUAUUUGUCAAACUGCACUCCGAAGCCUGAUUUCUCUUCGCGGAGACCGUGUGAUUUUUACCCGGGAAUCGAGUUCUGCCUUGCAGCCUCUCUCGCCCCAGGAAGGACCUGUCACCAUCGAGCUGGAUAUGUUGACAUCAACGUAAAGAUGGAUUUAGUUUUCGGUCUCUUGUGGUUUCUCACUGUGUUUCUGGAAGACAUUUAUUGCCAAGGAGUCUACGCUCCCCCUACUGUCCGUAUUGUACACUCCGGCCACGCGUGCAAUAUCGAGGAGGAGCGCUACACGGAGAGGGUGUACACCAUCCGUGAAGGAGAGACCCUCGAACUGACCUGUUUGGUCACUGGGCACCCUCGACCACAGAUACGAUGGACCAAGACAGCGGGCAGCGCCUCAGAUCGCUUCCAGGACUCCAGCGUAUUCAACGAGACGCUACGUAUCGCCAAGAUCCAGAGGCACCAAGGGGGGCGCUACUACUGCAAGGCUGAGAACGGCCUGGGCUCACCCGCCAUCAAGUCCAUUCGCGUUGACGUCUACUAUCUGGACGACCCCAUAGUGACUGUGCACCAGAGCAUUGGCGAGGCCAAGGAGCAGUUUUAUUAUGAGAGAACGGUGUUCCUGCGCUGCGUCGCCAACUCCAACCCCCCUGUGCGCUACAGCUGGCGGCGUGGGCGCGAGGUGCUGUCCCAGGGCUCGGACAAGGGGGUGGAGAUCUACGAGCCCUUCUUUACACAGCAGGGGGAGACGAAGAUCCUGAAGCUGAAGAACCUGCGGCCGCAGGAUUACGCCAACUACAGCUGCAUCGCCUCUGUCCGCAACGUGUGCGGCAUCCCGGACAAAAACGUCCUCUUCAGGCUCACAAAUAAAACAGCAUCACCCACCAUUAAACUCUUGGUGGAGGAUCCCAUUGUGGUGAACCCAGGCCAGACGGUAACCCUGGUGUGUAUCACCUCCGGAGGAGAACCCACGCCCACGUUGACGUGGGUGCGCAACUUGGAGCCACUCCCUGAGAAAAGUGUGCUCAACGGAGGAACACUGACCCUACCGGCCAUCACCUCGGAGGAGGCGGGCGUCUACAGCUGCGUGGCCAACAACAAUGUGGGCAACCCCGCCAAAAAGUCCACCACCAUCAUCAUCAGAGCACUGAAGAAAGGUCGUUUCUGGAUUACCCCCGACCCCUACCACAAUGAUGACAACAUCCAGAUCGGCCGUGAGGUGAAGAUCUCCUGCCAGGUGGAAGCCACUCCUCCAGAGGAGCUGAUGUUCAGCUGGCUGAAGAAUGGGCGGGCGCUUCGCAGCUCCGAGCGGAUGGUCAUCACGCAGACGGACCCGGACGUCUCGCCGGGAACAACCAACUUAGACAUCAUCGACCUCAAGUUCACAGACUUUGGCACCUACACCUGUAUGGCCUCGCUCAAGGGAGGAGGCAUCCCAGAAAUCAGCAUCGAUGUCAACAUUUCCUCCACCACUGGUUCUCCUCUGUUUUUUCCUUUUUUAGUUCCCCCGAACCUGACAGUCCCGCGUGGGAAGUCCCCCCUGGUGACCCAGGAGGGCGACACGGUGGAGCUGCAGUGCCUUGUUUCAGGAAAGCCCAAGCCCAUCAUCCUGUGGUCCAGGGCUGACAAGGAAGCGCCCAUGCCGGAUGGGAACAUGCAGUCGGAGAGCUACGAUGGUGUCCUGAGGAUCGUCAACGUCUCCCGGGAAAUGACAGGCUCCUACCGCUGCCAGACCAGCCAGUACAACGGCUUCAACGUCAAGCCCCGGGAAGCCAUAGUGGAGCUCAUCGUGCAGUAUCCACCCACCGUGGAGCCGGUUUUCACCGAAAUCCGUCAGGGUAUCAGCCGCACUUUUUCCAUGAACUGCCGAGUUCUGCGGGCACACCCCCACAAGGUGCUCAAGUACGAGUGGAGGCUGGGGAACCGCGUUCUGAGCACCGGCCUGGUGGACUCCCGCGACGAGACCGAGUACAACGUGCGGAGCCUGAACCGCGAGGGAUAUGGGGAGUACACCUGCGACAUCAGUAACGAGGCCGGUGCCGGCCGCUGCAGCUUCCUGGUCACGGGGAAGGCCUAUGCCCCAGAAUUCUACUAUGACACCUACAGCCCCCUGUGGCAGAACAGACCACGUGUUUAUGAUUUCAAGCUACAGUGGACCCAGAUGAACCCCAACGCUGUUGACCGCAUCAUGGCCUACCGCUUGGGAUUCCGCCAGACAGGGCAGCAGAGAUGGUGGGAGCAGGAGAUCCCCAUAGAAGGAGUGAUUCAGAAAGGGGAGCUAAUCACCUAUAACCUCACUGAGCUAAUCAAGCCUGAGGCCUACGAGGUUCGCCUCACCCCCAUCACUCGAUUUGGAGAAGGCGAUUCCACCAUCAGGAUUGUCAAAUACAGUGCUCCAAUCAACCCCCAUCUUCGAGAGUUCCACUGCAGUUUCGAGGAGGAGCCCAUCUGUAUGUUCACCCAGGAGAAGGGCGACGAUUUCGACUGGACCAGGCAUAGUGCAGCCACCCGGGACACGAAGUAUACUCCCAACACUGGGCCGAGCAGCGAUCGAAGCGGAUCCAAGCAGGGUUUCUACAUGUACAUUGAGACGUCUCGACCUCGCUUGGAAGGGGAAAAGGCACGUCUACUGAGCCCCACCUUCAACGUAGCCCCUAAAAGCCCAUAUGGGGCCACCAACUCUGCCUACUGCUUCAGCUUCUAUUACCACAUGUAUGGGAAGCAUAUAGGGACCUUGAAUGUCUACUUGCGGCAGAAGGGCCAGGCAGCGUCCGACAGCCCCAUUUGGACUCUAAGUGGUAACCAAGGGGACCGGUGGAGGCAGGCAAAAGUGAACAUCCACCCCAUCUCCUCCUUCCAGAUGGUUCUGGAAGGCAUCCGAGGUCCAGGCAUCGAGGGCGAUAUUGCCAUAGAUGACGUCACCAUUGAAGAAGGGGUGUGCGGUGACCCUCCACCGAAUAAUCUGCGGAAUAUGGCCCCUCCUACGGCCACCCAUAUACGGCAGCUAUACGUCACCCUUCUCCUGGCCCUGUUCAGCCUUCGGAGGUGACCUUCCUCUGGCAGAGGCUACAGAAGGAUCAACCGGCACUGGCACCAAGAAGGAGUCUCCAUACUAGGACCUUCAAUUUAUAAUUACCAAAGAUUCAUCCAGCGGGAUUUCUGAGGAGGCACGCAGCACAUCGAGGGUACAAGGAGCAGCGAAAACACAAGCGAAAGGGAGAAAACCAUCGAGAAAACAACACAAUAAUAAUGAAGAUUCUAUGAUUUUUUAAAUGAAAUAUAUGCAUAGUGCGUUCCCGAGGCUGACAUCUGGAAGUCCAUCGUUGACUCUUUUUUUUCUGGAGCUGGGAUCGCUCCCAGAGCAGUGGAUUCCAUCAAAAUGGCAGAGGUCUGCUUGUGAAGAAGAAGAGGAGAAGUCUGUAAAGCACAAGGACAUGGCUGGGUGUUAUCAUAUGAAAUUAGUUGUGUAUUUUUUUUUUUUUUAAAGUGAGGCUUUUUCUGCUCUGAUGGCCUAAGGUAUUAUAAUCAGGGUCUUAAAAAAAACCUGAUCUAUAACUAUUGAAUGCUUUAGGAGUAUUAAUUUGCCCAGUCCUCUUGUGAUCACUGGAAGUAUCAUCGCAAACCACCUAGCUAUGUUCUUACGCCUUCGGCUGUGAGGUUUUCCUUUCUAGUAAUUUCCAAAUCUCUUCUUAAACUUUCUCAUAGUUUCCUUCUGCCUCCGUUUGCUUUCAGCCAGCAGCGUUUACUCCCCCUGCAGGCCUAAAAUGGUAAUGUUUCGUUUACACGAUGAAAAGGCUAUGCUCCAACGCCCCCAUACGACUUUCCGGCCAUCAUCUAAUGACGUGGCGGCCCACGCGCCCUAGUCCGUUUGUAAGAAGGUUGCUUGGGGGUUGCGGGAAGGUGGUUGUUCUCUCUAACAUCCGUCUGUCGCGACUGGCCCAUCCAAGGAAAAGGAGCCGUUGUCUGCCAUGAAACCAAGUGCCUUCAGAUUUAAAGUAAAAACGCGACCCUGGAAGAUCUAGUAAGCCUCAUCCACUGAAGGUUGCAGUGCUAACCGUGGGCUGUUUUCUACGAAAUCCCUCGCCCUGCUGCCACUGCGUUUAGGCGAAGAAUGGGACUGCGAUGGACGGUCGAUGCUGUGAUAAGUGCACGGAUAAGGAACGUAUGCCGACAGCCCAGCUUCAGACAAUGGAAAACGCGAGCAAACUUCCUUGGUUCAAUCGUAGGCAAUUUCCAUACGACAGCCAUGGCCUGUGAGUUUGAAACAGCCAGCGACACCCAAGCAGGACUCAAUCCGGUGAACUAUGAAUGUAGAUCAAUGGGCUGGAGUCUGGAUACCUGGAGCUCAAUAAUGGGAAAAAAAAACUGGAAGAACACAAACAAACAAACAAACAAACAGUCCCUUGUAAAAGCGAUGGCCCUACUUUUCGAGAGAAACCCCACCCACAACUUGAGGGCCCUCAGAGUGCUAAGAAGGGGCAGCUUUGUCACAUCUUAGGACCACGAUGCGAGGAACUCCUCGCCUUCGGGACCUUACUACACCACGGUGAAAUCGGGGCACCCUGUGCCCUCCCCCGCCUCUGCCAUUUCUAUCCAGCUGUGUGGAUUCUGACAAAAUUAUUUUAUUACUCAAGCGAGAGUGUGACUCUGCUUUUACACAAACUGUAUGACUUUGGAACUACCUGAGACCAUUCAUUACCUUAACCAGCUGGUUUUUGAAGACGUAUUGUAAGAUCACCCCUCAUAUCAUUGGUUAUGAUGACAUUCAAAGACUUGUUUUUUUUCCUCUUUUUUUUGUUCUGUUGAUGGUCUGACGUUUUAACUUCAUAUAACAAAAGUUAAUUAACUCUUUUCGUUUCUCUUGGAAACAUAUCCCCUUGUUUCUUGAGACCCUCGCGUCACGAUAAUAUUGGAAAGAUCAGAAAACAAUAUGCAAAUAAAUUUGGUGAAUAAAUUAUUUAAACGAGAGUUCUAUUAGGUAACAUUUGUGAGUAUUCAUACAAAAAGCACAAGAUGUAACAAUAAACGUUCAAUACAAGGCCUCAUUUAUCGCUUAUUAUUGAGUAGAUUUUCUCACCCAAAUUUAAAGUGAUAUCCCUACAUCUUAUGACAAGAAAAGAAAAAAAUUUUACAUCUGUGUUCAAUAAAGCUUUUUUCGGGUAAGGUGUGACUUAUUGCAUGUGUGUUUGCUGUUUUAUAAUAUCAAAAAUAUAACAAAAGCUCAUGUUACAAUUAGGCAUUUGACUCCCAUGCCGUAAACCAUCACAGCUCCAUGUUUGAUAGCUUUGUUUAUUACUGCGUUAUGUCAGCAUUUAAAGGUCCCUCGUAAACGCUUGUCUCAAGUUCGAAACGGAUGGAAAAAAAGGACAAAUCCGUACGCCGUGUCUCGCAGAUUGAUUCUUAUUUGAAUUAUUUUUGUAUAUUUAUUUUUUUAAAGCUUUUAGUGUGCUGACACUGGAUGAGAGCAGACUCCUUCCUCCUCGUUUAAUCGCACAUAGCUACCACCAGCGAAUUGAUUGUGAAAGCAUUCUCUCUUGCUUCUUACCAUAUGGUGCUUAUUCAGUGUAAUUCUGAGCUGAUGUCAAAGGGUCAACAAGAAGCCCCUCCCCCAACCCAUUUGACAUAGUCAUAAAGCUUUUACUGAUAUCAAUAUACAAUUCAAGUCUUUACUGCUUACAGUUAAAUUCAUAUAUGUGGAAUUUGACAUUAACUGUCAUCUCCAAAAAACGGAAAAUUAAGCCCUCGUGCUUUGAUUCCAAUUAAGUUUCCCAGAAUGAAUUCUUUGUGGCUAUAAUUAUCCUCUAAAUCCAUUCAUAUGUAUGUCCUAUAUAAGCCCAAUAUAGACAUAUAUAUAUGUGAUUUUUCAAUUUUUCCCUUUAUGAUUAUAGAGUAUAAUUACAAAUAAAAACAUCUCAGAUGCUUACUUUCCAUUAUGUGUGCUUAAUAGUUUAUUUAACAAGUUUGUAAGAAUACGGAUCUCAUUUACUGUCCUUUCAUUGUAAUCUACUGUCUUACCAUGCUCAGCCAUUUCUAUCUGUUAAGUACAUGUUAAAAUGUUCACGUAUAAAUUGUAAAACACAUGAUUAUGUUUCUUAAGAUAAUAAAUAAAUUGAUAAACAGGCUUUCAAACAUCGUAGUCACGGAACUCGUCGCUGCAAAGCUGCAAACCCAUAAGAUGGGUUGACUUGUAUUUAUAUGGAAAUCUUGGGAAAAUAUCUUCAGUGCUACUUUAGAUCUGCCCUCUAUGAACAGAAUGAUCCAGAGGUAUUUUUGUACCAUAUUUUCGCUCCUCUGUGGAGGUCAGGACAACAAAGUGCUGUUGUUUUCUACUUCCUUGUAUAAAAAAGAAAAUGGAUGAAUAACCCUGGAAUUUAUUUGUGCUGAAACAUGCGAUGAUUUAGUCAUCUAUACUUUUCAUGCGGUUGGACACAUCUCAUAAGGAUACAUGCUAAAUUUAUGGAUAAUGGGUGGUUGUUUUGUCACGCUUGUAUGAAGGACCGAUGUCUGUCCAUGAGUUUGAUCAUUUAUUGUUGGUUUAUUGUGCCACAAGCCUAUAUUGGUGUCACUCCAUCAUGUUGAAGGACAUUUUUGCAUAUAUUAACUUACACUGCAAUUAAUGGACUGUAAAAUAUAAAAUUUUUGGGCAGCUCAUCAAAUACUGUGGAGAUGUCCUUCCAGAUUGGUUUUUAAAUAAAUAAUUACCUUCUGAAA